AUGACUUCUAAUAUAGAAGAAAACGAUGCGAUUAAUAAUAAUUCGAUGGGUAAUCAGAAGAGUGCCUCAAAUGACUCAACUAUCAAUCCACAAUUAAUAGAUAGUCAUUGUCAUGUACAGGACGAAGCAUUUGAUCAUAGUGCACGAAAUCGUCUUGUUGCAGUGCUUUUUGUUUGUUCAAUAUUUCUGAUUAUUGAACUUAUUGGCGGUUUUCUUUCAAACUCUACUGCUGUUAUGACAGAUGCAGCUCAUAUGGCUAUUGAUCUCGGUAGUUUUCUCAUAUCAUUAACAGCUAUGUAUCUUGGAACAAAGCGACCACCACGAAAACUUUCAUAUGCAUAUGCUAGAGCAGACGUACUUGGAGCACUCAUCAGUAUACAAGCUAUUUGGAUAGUCACCACUAUACUUGUCUAUACAGCCGUAAGACGAUGCAUUCAUCAAAAUUUUGAAGUAUAUGCUAAUGAAAUGAUUACCGUAUCAGCAUUGGGUGUUCUCUUUAAUAUCAUAAUGUAUUUCGUUUUACAUGGAAAUGCGCUUGGAAAAUUGAUGCCACAUGGACAUUCACAUGAUGACAAAUACGAAGACAUAGAACGUCUUAAUAAUGAUAUAUCAUCGGACGUAAAUAGCAACAUUAACAACAAUAUCAAUAUACGAGCUGCUAUGAUACAUAUUAUUGGGGAUUUUAUUCAAAGUGUUGGUGUUCUUAUUGCUGCUAUACUUAUCAAAAUAAAUCCAGAUUAUAAAUUAGCUGAUCCAAUAUGUACUUUUAUUUUUUCUAUACUAGUUAUUUUUACGACAGUAACUAUUAUGCGUGAGAUCGUUAUUGUGCUUAUGGAGGGAGUUCCUGACGGUGUUGAUUAUCAAAAGAUUGUUGAUGAUCUUUGUGCAAUUCCUGGAGUGCGCAACACACAUAGUUUACAUGUCUGGUCACUAUCUUUAAACAAAACAGCUUUGUCUGUUCAUAUUGCAACAGAUAACAGUGAAGAUGCUAUGACAAUAUUGAACGAAGCUCAAACAUUACUUCGUCGUGAGCAUUCUAUCAACCGAACAACGAUACAAGUCGAACUAUAUAAUAAAGCUAUUAUAAAUUCAUGUGACAAUUGUCGAGGCCCAGGAUCUUGA